UUUGAAGUUUGUGAAAGUUAUCAGGUGAUUAAACAAACAAAACCACUGAUUGCAGCCUUAAAUACACAGUAUCCAUAGCCGGGCCCAUCAUCACAUCACACCUCAGAUCCAACAGGUCAAAUCAAAGUCCAGAUUCCGUUUCAUGUCGGACCGAACUUAAGCCAUCAAAUACUCGGGCUCGAGCAUCGCAUUAACAUGUGAAAGAGCCGUCAGGUGUUUGAUGGACUUUCUGCUCCACUUUAAAACUGGACACUGGAGGCUCCUCGGAGCUCAGAGGUCACCAGCAGCUCCUUGGGAACCUGCCAUCAUGGACGCAAGCAGACCAUCGGACUUCAGCAUCGAGCGCAUCCUUUCCCCGCAGCUCGGACCCAAGCCGCCGGUGAUGGAGUUUUCCCCGGACGGUCCUCUCCAGGAGAUCCCCGCCGGGUUCGGUGGAGACUCCGGGAACAUCUGGCCUCGGGCACCGGUCCAGCUCCCGGGCGCAUACUGUCUGCAGCACCGAGGAAUGCGAUUCGGCGAAGACUUUUACCCGUAUGGAGCCGGUUUCCAUCACACACACUUCUCCAGCAUGUAUCCACACCCCGGAGUGCACGCGCACCAGCCUGCAGAUGCGCAGCAGUGGCCGGGCCACAGCGGGCUCCACCGGCUCGGGGGGUCCGCGCAGUCGCACCUGCGGCAGAAGGCCCGGAUGAGGACGGUGUUCACCGACAGUCAGACCAAGCGGCUCGAGUCGCUGUUCGAGAUCACGGACUACCCGGCGACGGAGGCGCGCGCGGAGGUGGCGAGGAGCACCGGGCUGAGCGAGGAGACGGUCAGGGUGUGGUUUAAGAACCGCAGAGCCAGGAGGAAGCGCGGGUCAAAGGUGAAACCCUCUUCACCUCCCCGGAGCGCUGGAGAAGAGAAUAAGUUCUUCACCUCUUUCCUUUGAACC